CAGCCAUUUUCAUUUGUGCCAACAGACCCCUUCCCUAUUAAUAGCUGGCACUCAAACAGCAACAAGCAUCCAUUAAAGUAGAACAGAACAAAGCCUUUGGUUCUCUUCUCUAGCACCCGCAGUAUAUAUCCUUUCCACCCCAUUAAACACUACCUCUCAUCCCCAUCUCUCUAAUUGCUUUCACAGUUCCAUCUUGCUACUAUAGACAUGAAUUCCUCCACCUUAUCAUCAACCGAUAAGCAACAAAAUGGGAAAUUUGUACCAAAUGAUCAUAACGUACUGCAGAAGCAUGUCUUCUUCUUUGAUAGGAAUCAAGAUGGCAUUGUUUAUCCCUGGGAGACGUUUCAAGGUUUUCGUUCAAUUGGGUGUGGUAUCUUGUUAUCCACUGCCAGUGCCUUUCUGAUCAAUAUCGCUCUCAGCCAGAAAACUCGACCUGGGAAGUUUCCUUCUCUUUUGUUCCCUAUUGAGGUUAAGAACAUCCAGCGAGCCAAGCAUGGGAGUGAUUCUGGUGUAUAUGACAGUGAAGGAAGGUUUGUUCCUGCAAAAUUUGAAGAAAUCUUCAGCAAACAUGCACGUUCACAUCCAAAUUCCUUGACAUCAGACGAGCUGAUGGGAAUGCUCAAGGCUAACAGAGAACCCAAGGACUUCAAAGGAUGGGUUGCUUCCUACACAGAAUGGAAGAUCCUGUACACUCUUUGCAAGGAUAAGGAUGGUUUGCUUCACAAGGAUACUAUUAGAGCUGUCUAUGAUGGAAGCUUAUUUGAACGCAUGGAGAAGGAAAGAGCAUCACCAAAAAAGACAGCCGUUGUGUAAGAAAAGGAAUAUAUAUAUAUAUAUUUGGUAGGCUUGGAUACUGUUCCGGUUGGCCAUAUUACUUCAA